GGCGAAAGUGAGGGUCUCGCAAGACCAGCCAAGCUGAUAAGCUGGACGCCAAGUAGUGUAGCAGUAGUAACGUUGAUGUGGUCGAAGCAUGAAAGGGCCGAGAGCCAGCGAGCAAAAAAGCACGACGUCCUAAGACAUAAAGUUCUGCCUGCCUGCCGACGCGCUCCUGCUUUUUCUUGGCUUUCUUUCUCCAGCUUUUCUUCCCGUGUAUGGUGUUUUGAUAUCGAUUUGGGUGACCUCAUCUCUCACCCUCUUCUCGUCCCCCAUCACAAUAACUUUAAUACUACCUGGCGCUCUUGUGCUCGCCGCCGACCCUCCGGACCGACUUCGUCUCCUCCCCCCUCUUUGACCCGUUGACUCAUCCUUUCUGAGACUGAAUUUUCUUUUUCUUUUUUUUUUUUUGUGCUGCUGCUCUAUAUUCUUCGAGAGUAAGAAUAAUAAAAUGGCCGCUGGCGAAGCGACCGAAUCGACUGUCCCUAUCGGAGGACCGCUUGUGUCUGACGAGAAAUAUGUGCAAGGCAUCAGCGACAAGCCCUUGGGCGAUGGUCCGAACCACGACAUCGCGGCGGGCCAGGCCGGCGAGGAGGGCCUGAAGCGUGAGCUGCACUCUCGCCAUCUUCAAUUCAUUGCCAUUGGUGCUGCGCUCGGUACUGGUCUGUUCCUAGGAAUUGGCGGUGCUCUGUCCAAGGCUGGACCAGGCUCUCUCUUCAUCUCCUUCCUCUUCCUUGGCACUGUCGUGUUCUCUAUCAUGGUGGCGCUGGGUGAGAUGGCGUCAUACAUUCCCGUCACGGGAGCCUUUACUGUCUAUGCCUCUCGGUUCAUGGAUCCCACGCUUGGUUUCGCCAUGGGCUGGAUCUAUUGGUUUAGCUGGGUCAUCACCAUCGGUCUGGAACUGACCGCCAGUGGUCUCAUUAUCCAGUACUGGACCGAGUCUGUCAGCAUUGGUGUCUGGAUUGCCAUUUUCUGGGUGGUUUUCACCGCUGCCCAAUUCCUGCCCACGUUCAUCUUUGGUGAAAUGGAGGCAUACCUGUCCAGUAUCAAGGUCAUUACCAUCAUCGGCUUCGUCAUCUUUGGCAUCUGUGUCAACGCUGGUGUUGGUGACCAAGGCUACAUUGGCUUCAAGUACUGGAGAGAGCCUGGUGCUUUUGCCGAGUACAUGGUCGACGGCGCGAUCGGCAAGUUUGUCGGUUUCUGGACUGUUCUCAUCACUGCUGGAUUCAGUUUCCAGGGAACAGAGCUGGUCGUCAUUGGCGCUGGUGAGACGGCCAACCCUCGCAAGACCAUCCCGUCUGCCAUCCGAUGGACAUUCUGGGCCGUCUUCCUGCUCUUCAACUGCACCGUUUUCUUCGUUGGCAUCAACGUGCCCUACGACAACCCCGACCUCCAGAACGGCUCGACCAACGCCUCCGCCUCGCCUCUCGUCAUCGUCGCCAAGCUCGCUGGCAUCCAGGCUCUUCCCUCCAUCAUCAACGCCGUCCUGCUGACUGCCGUCUUGUCUGCCGCCAACUCAGAUAUCUUUUCCAGUAGCCGUAUCCUGGUUGCCAUGGCCGGAGAGGGUCACGCACCCGCCUUCUUCAAGAAGGCCAACAGAUAUGGUACUCCCUACUAUGCGGUCGCUGCCUGUUCAGCUUUCGGUCUGCUAGCUUUCCUCAACCUGUCCAACAACGGAACGGUUGUGUUCAACUGGCUGCUGAACAUCACGGCCGUUGCUGGCUUCAUCAGCUGGUCCCUCAUCAACCUGUGCCACAUUCGGUUCAUGAAUGUCCUCAAAUAUCAAAAGAUCCCCCGCGACGAGCUCCCAUACAAGGCCCCAUUCCAGCCUUACCUCUCGUGGUUCGGCUUCUUCUUCAAUCUCCUGAUUCUGAUUACAAACGGUUUCACCGUCUUCAUCGAGUGGAACACGAGCGACUUUUUUGCCUGCUAUGUCAGCGUCAUCCUGUUCAUUGUCCUCUAUGUCGGCCACAAGAUUAUCUACAGGACCAAGUGGAUACCACUCUCAGAGGUGGACAUUUCCAAGGGCCGAUCAGACGCGUGAGUGAAGAAUAGCGAGGGAUGAUUGAUUCGGAGUAAAUUUUUGUAUGCGGUAAUAGCGGUUAAUAAUUGUAUCUUUUAUGUUUCAUGAGUGUCAUCAUCUACAGGUAGUAAUUGAUACCCCAUUUUAAGAAGA